AUGAUUGCCGAUCGUUGUCGAACUAUAACCCCCAAUGCCACCAUCAACCGACAAGCCACAGCCAAAGCCAACAAGGCCAAAACCGAAGCAGGACCCAGCGUUCAAACGCUCGACAUCACGGGUGCAUGCUGUAUGUCGAUCGCCGCCGCCGUCACCAGUGCCCUUGAGGUGUAUGAGUUUGACGAAGAGACGGGCUUCCAUGGCCUCCUCCCGAUCUUCUAUAAUACUCUCUCAACAUCUAAGAUUCCUACAACAUUGCACUCCGUCGCCGAACCAUCCUCGAAGAUGUCCAUCGCCGCCGCCGUUACAACUGCCCUUGCACAGUUUGAGUUUGACGAAGAGACGGGCUUUAAUCGCCUGUGGGGCACUGAGCUCCCAUGUCUGCAUUGCGUCCUCUCUGCUCAUCGAGAUGGGCGACUUGUAUGUGUCGUCGUUGAUGAACCAUCUCGGUGCACCUUCUGCAAGAGGGACCACAAGAAAUGUAUCGCUCGGCGUCGGCUCUCUGGUCCCUUACGCACCUCUUCUCGUAACCCCAAUGGCGUUGCGCCUGUCGUUCGAGCGCAGGAACUUGCUUCCAAUCGGGAGCUUCUCACGCUCUGCUAUCGCGUUCAGACUGCCCCCGAGGUCCACGACACCGCUACCAUCGAGGAGAACAUUCGCCGAAGCGUCCACGCUUACGUCCGCGAAUGCCGUGAGGCCAAUGUGUUUGUGGCCGUACUCCGACGCCUUCCCACUGCCUUGGAGACGCCGGUCGAUGGGAAGGACGAUCGCAAGAGGGCAAAGCUCCCCCUAGCCGAACUUCCCGAUCAGUUCGUCAACGACAUGGAGCGUCUGAUCGUCGAAGGGAAGCCGGCAGCUCGAAAUACGGUCCGCACAGUUGGCCAAGGUCCUGUUCGUCGUGGGGCGGCGCAAGCCACUCCGCAGAAGCGGCGCCGACAGCCUGAAGAACGUGAAGACACUCCUCCCCCUGGGAAGGGAAUCCGGGUUUCCGAAGCUCCUGAAGAUCCUUCUCUGGCCGUAGAGUCGUCUCAGCCUCGUCGGAGUGGGCGCAAGCGCCGCCAGGCUGACCACUCAUCCAUUUCGCACUACCAACGGCAAGGAUGGAUGAAAGCUUAG